UUUUAAAAUAAUUCAAACUGUAUACAAAUUUACGAAUUAUGGUAAUAUUAUUAUAAUGUAAAAAUCGGAAUACGUAAAUUAAAUCUAACAUUUUGACAAGAGAAGUCUAUAAGAUAUUUGUACCACUUGUACGUUCUUGUAGUCAGAAAUUAGAAGAACGAGCUUGAAAAAGACGUUAAAAGAUCGAGAGUAAUAUAAGUAUAUUGGAAUGGAGCACCUAAAGUGGACAACACCAAUUAAGAAUGGAAACGAAUGUGAAAAUUUGUCAACCAAGAGUCCUGUGAUUUAUAAAACUCCUGUAAAGCAGUAUAAUACAAGUUCAAAGCACACAACAUAUCGAAGUAAUACGAAUUCCUUUAAUGUGCUUCCAAAUCACAUUACACCUCCUUCAGGUUUAACAAAAUUUAUAGCAAGGAAUCCAUUUGAGACUGAUUUAACUAAUAGACUGCAUUUAUCUGUGAUUAGUCCAACUGUGUUCAGUAAAGUUUCAAGUCCAUCUCAUCAAUCACCAGACUUCGCAUGGAGUGUGGAUGAGUUGGCAUUAAUACAGCCAGCAAAAAUAGAAGAAUUUCCUGUGCAACAAAUACAUUGUGUAGACCCAGAGACUGAAAUAAAAGCUCAAGCAGCUAUUGAUAAAUUUUUUAAUGAAAAUGAAAUAAUUCCAAGCCCAUGGGAGAUAAAGAAGAAAGAGAUUAGAACAAUAGUUAAUGUAGAUACUCAUAUAAAGGGUUCAAGUGACUUGAAUUCAGAAUCUCCCAAAUUGAAAAAAGAUGGAUGGAGUCAAACAGUAUUAACAUUUCCAUCUGAAUUGCCAGCUCAUGUUAUGGAAAUUUUAAAACCUUACCAUUCAUUCAUUCAAGAGCAAAAUGUUGAGAGUGACGAUGCAAAUUCGAGUAACAACUCUUUAAGACGGAAGUUAUUCUUCCAUCUUGAUGAUUGUGUAGAUAAUGAAGAAGGUUCUUCAAUCUCUUUAUCGUCACCAGUAAAAAUGGAUGGGUCUUUAGUAUUAUCUUCCAGUCCUCCACAAAGUGGAAUGUUAAUUCAUGGUACAUCGUUGAAAUGCUCGCCAAAUGAAAAUUGUCAUUACAACGCGUCGCAAAUAGACACAGGAAAUUUAUCGCAUCCUAAUAUAUCUCCCAUACACAGUACGGUAAAUAACAUGUCGUAUGAAAGCGAGAAAUCUCGAUCUCGUUCGGUUGCUCGAUUGAACUUCAGUAUGGACAUGAGUAUAGAUCAAUCUAAUAUGCAACAUAAAGAUCUAUCAAACAAUUAUUCUUUAGAUGAAUCUCUUAGUAAAGUAAAUGCAGACAAGAAGGCAGGCGAUCUUUUAAAUUUACAAAGCGAAUCUACGAGUACUCAAGAUGAUACCUAUACAGAAAUAAAAGUCCUAGCAAAGAACUCGAUUCACGUUGAGCAUAAUUGCGAAAACAAAACUACAGAAUUUGAUGUUAAAUGUAGUAAUGCUACUAGCACGUUUAAAUUGUACAAGACAAGUACAAACGAAAGUUGUAUGAUCCAACAGACUAACGCGAUGCUAGGUAUUUCCGGUCAGCAGAGCGUUUCGAAUUCUAUACAAGACACUGGUUAUCAAACUUGCAGUAUGAGCAAUACAGCGAACGUUACUGAUAGUUAUAGCACUACUCCGACUAAGCAAAAGACUUACUGGGGUGAUCGAAUUUUAAUGAGUGACGAUGAACUUCGUCUACCCGAGUGGAGAGAGAACAUGAAAAAUAUAUUUAGUUCUACUCCAUCACGAUCAAAUAGGGAUACCCAUAUAUUUUAAAUAGAUAUUUUUUAUAUGGCAAAAAUAUAUAAUCCAAGAAUAUUUUUUAUUUUUAAUAAUAAAAUUAGAAAAAAUAACCUGCUCAAAUACUUAGGAAAAAUUUAAGACACAAUUCUUCUUAUACAAUCAAAGACAAUAUUAUCAUUUGUAUUUUUCAUA